CAGAGAUUUGUCCGUGCGGUCCGACGGGCUUUCAGUCUUCGGCCCGCGGUCACGAGGGGCGUACCGGUAGUACGCAGGUGCUGUCGCGACCAGUGUGUGGCAACCCACCAAGAAGUGAAGCGGACGUGGACACUGGGAAAAAUAAAAAGGACGUGCGCUAGCUCUUUAAGGGAACUGAACGCAAACGCCGAAGAAUAAUAGGUAAAAAGAACUCAGCGAUGUGCGGGUAGCUCCGUGGACGAGUUUCUCGUUCGUCGCGUGACGCGGUGUCGGCCGAGGGCUAACCAGCAGGACGUUAGCAAACACGCACGAAGAAGAGUGUAUCUGAGUUGCAGUUCUCCGUGCGGACGCUGGAGUGGCAAGCAUGCGCGACCCGCGUCGAUGGCCAGCGCUGGCCGCCGCAGCGCUGCAGUUGGUGCACCUGGCGACUUCGCUGUCCACCAAGCAAGUGGAGGUGACGUGCGAGCCGGGCACGUUCAAGUGCCCCGAGGGCAAGUGCAUCCCCAACGUGAAGGUGUGCGACUACCAGCGGGACUGCGAGAAGGGCGAGGACGAGUUCCAGACGUGCCCGCCGCCGGACUGCGACCCCGGCCAGCUGUCGUGCGGCCACUACGUGUGGAACAAGACCUACUGCAUCCCGCCCUUCUACCGCUGCGACAUGACGGUGGACUGCGUGGACGGCUCCGACGAGGCGCAGUGCACGUACAGGAAGUGCCAGUCGGAGGACUUCCGGUGCGGGCGCGACGGCACGGGGCCGUGCCUGCCCAAGGAGAAGCGGUGCGACGGCUACUACGACUGCCGCAGCAAGCGCGACGAGGAGGGCUGCGGCUCGCUGGGCGGCGUGUCCUGCCCUCUGGACCAGUUCCGCUGCGCCAACGGCCAGCGCUGCGUCGACCUGGCCAAGAAGUGCAACCACCGCAACGACUGCUCGGACAACAGCGACGAGGAGAACUGCAACUUCCCCCCUUGCCACGUGGGCCAGUUCCGGUGCGCGAACGCGGUCUGCAUCCCGGCCAGCUUCCACUGUGACGGCUACAAGGACUGCUUCGACAGCAGCGAUGAGCAGAACUGCACGGCCAUCGCCUGUCCCGAGAACAAGUUCCUGUGCCCGCGCGGCGGCCCGGGGGGCACCCCCAAGUGCAUAUCCCGCUCGCAGCUCUGCGAUGCCAAGAAGGACUGCGAGGACUCGGCGGACGAGGAGACCGCGUGCUCGACCACCAGUUGUCCGGCGCUGGGCUGUGAGUACAAGUGCCAGGCGUCGCUGAAGGGCGGCACCUGCUACUGCCCUGAAGGGCGGAAGGUAGCCAACGACAGCCGCUCCUGUGUCGACAGGAACGAGUGCCUGGAGUGGGGGUUCUGCGACCAGACGUGCAAGAACACGUACGGCUCGUUCAGCUGCUCGUGCGCCCCGGGCUACCUGCUGAACGGCUCCCGCUGCCACGUCCCCAACCCCUCCGCCGCGCACCUCUUCUUCGCGUUCGACCACUCGGUGCUGCGCAUCGACCCGGAGUCUAACCGCACGCAGCUUGUGGCCAACACGACGGCUGCGAGCGGGCUCGACUUCCACUACGAGUACAACAUGCUCUUCUGGUCCGACGUCAAAACACACAAGAUCCACUCGCAGGCGCUCCUGGAGGAGAGGCCGGACCGGAAGCCCUCCUCGGACAUCUCGCUGCCGGGCACGUGGUACCCGGGAGCCCUGGCGGUCGACCACGUGGGCGACAAGCUGUACGUCACGGACGCCAUAGGCCAGAAGGUGGACGUGUUCGAGCUGGACGGCCGCAAGCACGCCAUCGUCAUGGGCAGCAACUUGACGAGCCCCUCGGACAUCGCCCUGGACCCGACCAUGGGUUACAUGUUUGUAGCAGACAGUAACCAGGUGUUGCGAGCCAACAUGGAUGGAACCCACGCGGUGGCCAUCGUGUCUGAAGCGGCGUACAAAGCCUCUGGCAUCGCCGUGGAUUCCAUUGCUCGCAGAGUGUUCUGGUGUGACUCGCUUUUGGAUUACAUCGAGACUGUCGAUUACGACGGGAACAGCCGUGUGCUCGUUCUCAGAGGUCAGCAGGUGCCCUCCCCGUCGCGCCUGACGCUGUUCGAGCACCGCAUAAUAUGGUCGGACAGCACGAAGCAGGCGAUCCUCAGCGUGGACAAGUUCGAGGGCGCCAACUCCAUCAAGCAGCUGCAGCACUUCUCCAACAUGAAGGACCCUCGUGCGGUCAAGGUGGUCCAUGACCUGGUCCAGAAGAGAGUGUCAAACCCGUGCAGGGGCAACAAUGGCGGCUGCGACCACAUGUGCAUCGUGACCGCCGGGGAGGUGCCAGGGGUGCUGGCGUACCGCUGCGCAUGCAGCAUCGGCUACCGGCUCCUCAAGGACCUGAGGCACUGCGCCAGAAUUGAAGAGUUCCUUAUGUAUUCCCAGCAGAGGUUUAUAAAGGGUCGAGUGCUGGACCCAGUAAUUGAAGGUUUCAGUGAUGCAAUGCUGCCAGUAGUUGCCAGGCGUGCCAGAUUUGUUGGUCUGGAUUUUGACAGCAAGAAUUACUACGUCUACUAUUCUGAUGUCCUGCAAGAUGUAAUCUACAGGAUAUACAGAAAUGGAACAGGUCGGGAGAUUGUCUUGGCUUCACAAAACGAAGGUGUGGAAGGACUAGCAGUGGACUGGGCUUCUCAGAAUUUGUACUACAUUGACAGCCGCAAGGGAACUCUCAAUGUGCUCAGCACGAGAAACGUCACACACAGAAGAACUCUCCUGAAAAAUUUAAAGAGGCCCAGAGCUAUUGUGGUGCAUCCAAAUAAAGGCUACGUAUUCUUCUCUGAGUGGGACCGGCCAGCGAACAUCAGCCGCGCCCACACGGAUGGAUCCAACCUGCUCGUGUUCCGCAACGUGACGCUGGGCUGGCCCAACGGCCUCUCCGUGGACUUCCAGAUGGACCGGCUGUACUGGUGCGAUGCCCUGCUUGACCACGUCCAGCACUCCAACCUGGACGGCACAGACGUCCGCACCGUCAACUCCCGGCUCAUCCGGCACCCCUUCUCCAUCGUCAUACACGACGAGUGGAUGUACAUCACGGACUGGCGGCUGGACGCCAUCAUCAAGCUGCACAAGCUGACGGGCGGCCGGGAGGAGGUGCUGCUCCGCGAGCCGCAGACCAACCGGCUGUACGGGGUGAAGGUGUUCAGCAGCCGCGUCCAGACCAUCGACCCCGGCCACCCCUGCGCCAUCAACAACGGCGGCUGCGAGAAGCUGUGCUUCGCCGUGCCCGCCAACCGCUCGUCGCAGCUGGAGGCGGUAUGUGGCUGCCCCUACGGCGAGCGUCUGACGGAGCCCGACGGCACCAUGUGCCUGGCCGACCCCAGCGCGGAGCCGCCUGUGCAGGCCUGCCCCAACGCCUGGGACUUCACCUGCUACAACCAGCGCUGCGUGCCCAAGGCCUGGGUGUGUGACGGCGAUGACGACUGCCUCGACAACUCCGACGAGGAGCAGAACUGCACAAAACCGACGUGCGCGCCGAGUGAGUUCAAGUGCAGCAGCGGGCGCUGCAUCCCUGGCAACUUCAAGUGCGACUCGGAGAACGACUGCGGGGACUACUCGGACGAGAUGGGCUGCGGCGCCAACACGACGUGCGCCCCGUCGCAGUUCCAGUGCGAGAACAGGCGCUGCAUCCCCAUGACGUGGCGGUGCGACUCGGAGAACGACUGCGGCGACGGCUCCGACGAGCGAGCCUCCUGCAGUGAGAAGACAUGUGCCUACUUCCAGUUCACCUGCCCGCGGUCGGGGCACUGCAUCCCGCAGUCGUGGGUGUGCGACGGCGACAACGACUGUUUCGACAACCAGGAUGAGGAGGGCUGCCCGCCAAUCACGUGCUCCGCCAGCCAGUUCAAGUGCGCGGACCUGAAGCAGUGCAUCCAGGAGACAUACAAGUGCGACGGCAUCCCCGACUGCAAUGAUGGCAGUGACGAGCUGGGAUGCCCGUCCCUGGCUCCUGAUCAGUGCGACACGGAGCGGCAGUUCCAGUGUCUGUCGUCGGGGAUAUGCAUCCCUCGCAGUUGGCACUGCGAUGGCACUGCCGACUGCGACGACUCGUCGGAUGAGCCGUCUACUUGCGGCAAGGUGGACUGCCAGGCUGGCUUCUUCAAGUGCAACAACUCGCGCUGUGUGUUCAAGACCUACAUCUGCGACGGGAAGGACGACUGUGGCGACAACUCUGACGAGGACUCCCGGCACGCCUGCGGGCCGCCACCCUUCAGGUGCGACUCCGGCCAGUGGCAGUGUCCUAACGUGGCGCAGCGCUGCAUCAGCAUUUCGAGCGUGUGCGACGGGAAGCCGGACUGUCCCAACGGCAGAGAUGAAGGAGUCGGCUGCGACCUCAACGAGUGCCAGCACCAAGGAGGCCUCUGCUCCAAUGGCUGCAAACAGACUCCUGCCGGGGCGAUGUGCCUGUGUCCGCCCGGCGAGGUGCUGAGCAACGACUCGCUGACGUGCCAGGACCUGGACGAGUGCGACCCUCCCGGGGCGUGCUCCCAGCAGUGCACCAACACCAAGGGCAGCUUCGUCUGCAACUGCCUGGAGGGCUACGUGCUCGAGGUGGACAACCACACCUGCAAGGCCGUCAACCACUCUGCGGCCUACCUGAUCAUCUCGAACCGACACUCGAUCCUAGUGGCCGACCUGAAGGAGCAGGGCCUGGAGCGAGUGCCCAUCACGGUCGAGAACGUGGUCGCCACUGCGUCCAACAUGCACACGGGCACCAUCUUUUGGUCCGACAUGAAGCUCAAGAAGAUCUGCAGGCUGGAUCGCGGGCUUGAGCCUCAGGAUGUCAUCUCGAACGGGCUGGACCUGGUUGAAGGACUGGCGUAUGACUGGAUUGGGAAGAACAUCUACUGGUUGGACUCGCGGCUCAACACCAUCGAGGUGGCCACGGAGAACGGCACCAACCGCAUCGUGCUGCUGAAGGAGAACAUCACGCAACCCCGCGGAAUGGCCCUCGACCCCAGCCCCAAUGCGCGCUGGCUGUUCUGGACGGACUGGGGGGAGAACCCCCGGGUGGAGCGCGUCGGCAUGGACGGCACGAACCGCUCCGUCAUCAUCAGCACCAAGAUCUACUGGCCCAACGGCCUGGCCCUGGACGUGCCCAACCAGCGGGUGUACUUCGCCGACUCCAAGCUGGACUUCAUCGAUUUUUGCUUCUACAACGGCUCCGGGCGGCAGCAGGUGCUGGCGGGCAGCCACUACCUCCUCCACCCGCACUCGCUCGCCUUGUUCGAGGACGUCGUGUACUGGACGGACCGGCAGCUGAACCGCGUGCUGUCGGCGCGCAAGUUCCGCGGCACCAACCAGACGGUGGUGUCGCACCUCAUCUCGCAGCCGCUGAGCGUCCACGUGCACCACCCGGUGCUGCAGCCCCUGUCGCCCAACCCCUGCGACGGAGCGGCCUGCGCCCAGCUGUGCCUGCUCUCCCCGUCGGCCCCCGCCGGCUACUCCUGCCGCUGCAAGCCCGGCUACCGCAUGUCCCCCAGCGGCAACUGCACCGAGGAGGAAACGCCGUUCCUGAUGGUGAUGCGAGCCUCGCAGGUGAUCGACCUGGCCUUGAACCCCGGGGACAAGACGAGCGGCUACCUCACGCCCAUCGUCGGGAUCGAGAACGGCAUGCAGCUGGACUUCGACCGCAAGACGGAAAUGCUCUUCUGGGUCGAGGGCAAAGAAGGGGAUGAUGAAAAUGGCACAAUAUACACCACUCCUUUCGGUGGUGGCAAGAAGGUGGAGUUUCUUGGAAACGAUACUGGGAUUGUGGGCUCAGCAUACACCAUCGCAUUCGACUGGCUCGGUCGUAAUCUGUAUAUUGGAAACAGAGCAGCAUCGAAUUUCGAAGCUGUGAAAGUAGAUGGGAAAGUGAAGCAUCGGACAAUCAUCUUGGCGAACGAUGGUAACAAGACGUCUGUUGCAGCUCCGAGGUCAAUGUGUUUGGACCCAAUGGAUGGGAAGCUAUACUGGGUUGAUGACGGGGGGUACGGUGUUCCCCCGAAGGUCGGGAAGGUAAACAUGAAUGGUUCCAAACCUGUGGUGCUUAUCGAGGGUGUUGAUCGACCGCUGGCAAUCACGAUCGAUCUGGAGAAGAAGAUGCUGUACUUCAGUACCCAUGAAACCACGUUUGUGAAAGUGAUGGACGUAAAUGGCAAGGAUAUUCGCACUUUACUGACGGAGGAAAACCACAUUUCCAUGCCGAAAGCACUGGCUGUGCUAGACAGCCGGCUGUACCUCAUGGACCCUAGAUUCGACAAGAUUGAACGUUUCGAUUUGCCAAAUGGAGACAACCCUAAAAUGCUAAUUGACAACGAAUCUGAACUAAAAACAUUUACGGUCUUCAGAAAAAGGCCAAUGACGAACCACCCGUGCAUGUCGAACAACGGAGGGUGCGAGCAGCUGUGCAUCCCUGGCGAUGGCAACAUGAGAGUGUGUGCAUGCUCCGUCGGGUACAAGAAGGAGAACGAGGUGAGGUGCGUGGCCUACAAGACCUUCGCCGUGGUGGCUCAGCUGGACAUCGCGCGCGGGUACAGCCUCAAGGACUCUGCCGAGGCGAUGGUGCCCAUCUCGGGCCCAGGGCAUCACAUCCUGCACGUGGACGUCCACUUCAAAGAGAACUGGAUCUACUGGGUGGAGUUCAACCGCGGCGCGUGGAACGGCAUCUUCCGCGUGCGUCCCAACGGCACGGAGCUGCAGCCCGUGGUGAAGGACGGGAUAGGCUCCAACGGCGUCCGCGGCGUCGCCGUGGACUGGAUCGCCAGCAACCUGUACUUCACCAACGUCUUCCCGCACGAGAACUACCUGGAGGUGUGCUGGCUCGACGGCUCGCACAGGAAGGUGCUCGUCAAGACCACGACCGACGCUCCGCGGGAGCUGGCUGUCAACCCCAUCAAGAAGUUUCUGUACUGGAUUGACUACGGCCAGUACCCAAGGAUCGGGAAAGCUUACCUGGAUGGCUCGAGUUGGCAGUCAAUAGUCACGUCAGGCAUCAGCAACCCUCGGGACCUCACGGUCGACAUGUUGACCCACGACGUAUACUGGGUCGACUCCAAACUGGACAUGAUCCAGAAGGUGUCGUACACAGGCAGCAGCCGACAGGUGAUUCGUAGGAACUUGCCCAACCCAAUGGGCAUUGCAGUUCACAUGGGAGACGUGUACUGGGUGGACCGCAACUUCGCAACAGUCUUCAGAGCUUCGAAGCUGCCUGGCAACAUGUCCCUCCCCACGCCAUUGCGCACCAACCUUCCUCGCCUGAGGGACAUCGCCAUCUUCGACGUGACCAACCAGCAGCCAGACGACACAAACCCUUGCUCACGGCUAGGAAAUGGUGGGUGUGAGCAGUUGUGUUUCUCGUUUCCAAUCGAUUCUGUCAACAAGAAGCCGUUCCGGUGUGACUGUGCUACUGGCGAGCUCUCAAGCGGCGGAGUGUGCAAGGCGCCGUCAGAGUUUCUUGUUUUCUCCACCAGAACGGAAAUACGAAGCAUCCAUCUUGAUCCACACUCUACCAGCAAACCUUUUGACACCAUUGGCAACCUAACAAAUGUAGUGGGUCUAGACUUCGACUACAUGGACAACAAAUUACUGUUCACCCAAAUACGUCCGUGGCCUCGCAUCGCCUGGAUGUCGAGCAAGUCCCCGAGGGCAGACAACAUCACAACCAUCAUCAACCGUGGCAUCAACCCAGAGGGCAUCGCGUACGACUGGACGCAAAAGAAAAUCUACUGGACGGACUCUUCCAACAACAGCAUCUAUGCGAUGGACCUGGAUGGAUCCAACCUGGUGAUGAUUGCGCGUGUGGAGAGGCCUAGAGCAAUCGUCAUAGAUCCUUGCAAUGGGUCAUUGUAUUACACGGACUGGGGGAGGUUCGGGACAUCAGGGAAGAUAUUCCGCACGACCAUGGCGGGCUCGCUGAAGAAAGCCAUCGUAGAGAAGGAUCUGUCGCAACCCAGUGGCUUGGCCAUUGACUACGACGAGAGGAUGCUGUACUGGACGGACGCAGUGAGGGAGAAGAUAGAGCGGUCUACCCUGUCCGGUGAAAACAGAGAGGUGCUGAUAACGGCCACCAUUUACCCGUUUGCAAUCACCAUAUUCGGCCCGCACAUCUACUGGACGGACCUGCAGCUGCGGGGUGUGUACCGGGCGGAGAAGCACACAGGUGCCAACAUGAUAGAGAUGGUGAAGCGUCUGGAAGAUUCCCCCAGGGACAUUCACAUCUACUCCCCAGACCGACAGAAGUGCCAGGCGAACCCUUGCCUCAUCAACAACGGGGGCUGCGCCAAGUCCUGCCACCCGGGCGUCAAUGGAACUGCGGAAUGCAAGUGUGACGAAAGCACGAAGAAAGUGAACGACGACCGCAUGUGCGUGCCCAAGAACCUGUCGUGCGAAUCCACUAAGUUCUACUGCCGCAACGGGAAGUGCAUCUCGAGGAUGUGGGCUUGCGACGGCGACGACGACUGUGGAGACAACAGCGACGAGGACGUCAACUACUGCACCUACCAUUCGUGUGCCCCCAACGAGUUCCGCUGUGCCAAUGGUCGCUGCAUCUUCAAGUCGUGGAAGUGUGAUCACGAGAAUGAUUGCAAGGACAACUCAGAUGAACUGAACUGCAAAUAUCCUGAUUGUGCAGCCGGAGAGUUCACCUGUGCUAAUCACAGAUGUAUUCCAAUGUCACAGGUGUGCAACGGGAUCAACGACUGCAAGGACAACGGAACGACGGACGAGAGCCUGGAGCGCUGCCCGCGCAACACGACCUGCCCGCCCAAGAGCCACAAGUGCCGCACCACCAACAUCUGCGUGGAGCCGUACUGGCUGUGCGACGGCGACAACGACUGCGGGGACAACUCGGACGAGGAUCCGGAGCAGUGCGCCGAGCGCACCUGCCCGCAGAACAGCUUCCGCUGCCCCAACCACCGCUGCGUGCCGGCCACGUGGUACUGUGACGGCGACGACGACUGCGGAGACGGCGCGGACGAGCCGCCCGAGUACUGCCGGCUGGAGGGCCGCACCUGCUUCGGCGACCUGUUCACCUGCGACAACGGCAACUGCAUCCCGCGCAUCUACAUCUGCGACGGCGACAACGACUGCAUCGACAACUCCGAUGAGGACAACCGCCACCAGUGCAAUGACAGGAAGUGUGACGAGGAAACUGAGUUCACCUGCACGGCCAACAAGAUGUGGAACCGCGCCCAGUGCAUCCCGCGCAAGUGGGUGUGUGACGGGGACCCCGACUGCGUCGAUGGCGCGGACGAGAACUCGGAGGAGCACAACUGCCCCAGCCCGACGCCGUGCGCCGAGGACCAGUUCACCUGCGGGAAUGGGCGCUGCAUAAACACGGGCUGGGUGUGCGACCACGACAACGACUGCGGGGACGGCUCGGACGAGUCCAAGGACUGCAACACCAAGUACAAGGAGUGCAUCCAGGACGAGUUCAAGUGCUCCAACUUCAAGUGCAUCCGCAAGACGUACCGCUGCGACGGGGAAGACGACUGUGGCGACAACUCCGACGAAGUGGGCUGCUCCCCCAAGAACGCGACCUGCCCGGCUGGCCAGUUCAAGUGCACUGUCGGGAACUGCAUCGACAAUGCAGCCGUGUGCAACAAGGUGUCGGACUGUCCCGACGGCUCGGACGAGCCGUUCCACUGCAAUGUGAACGAGUGCGCCAAGGUGGAGGUGCACCAGUGCGGGCAGAAGUGCGUCGACACUGUCACCAGCUACUACUGCGAGUGCAACGCCGGCUACAAGCUCCUGGACGACGGGAAGGCGUGCGAAGACAUCGACGAGUGCGUGGAGCAGAAAGGGGCGUGCUCCCAGCAGUGCUCCAACACGCCGGGCUCGUUCUACUGCAAGUGCAAUGACCAGUUCUAUGAGCGGGCUACAGACGAGCACACAUGCAAGCGCCGAGAUGCCAUCGAGCCAUGGCUCGUCUUCACCAACAAGUACUACGUGCGCAACAUGUCGACGGACGGCUCUCAGUACAGCCUCGUGCACCAGGACCUCAUGAACGUCGUCGCGCUUGACUUCGACUACAAGGAACAGUACAUGUACUUCUGCGACGUCACAGCCAAAACCAUCUUCAGGUCGAAGAUCGGGUCGGAGGAGGAGAAGGAGCCGGUGAUCCGACACGACAGCCACGGCCUGGAAGGGCUGGCGGUGGACUGGGUGGGGCGCAAGCUGUACUGGCUGGACCGCCACAGCAAGCACCUGGACGUGGCCGAGCUGGACGGCACCAGCCGCAAGACCUUCAACCUGACCAUCGCCGACCCGCGGGCGCUGGUCCUGCACCCGGGCACCGGCCACCUCUACUUCAGCAGCUGGCACCUGCAGGCAUUCAUUGGGAAAAUGGGAAUGGACGGCAGCAACUUCACUCGCAUCCUGACGUGGAUGGAUGACAUAGCCUGGCCUAACGCCCUCACCAUUGACUACUUCACGGACCGCAUCUACUGGGCGGACGCCCACCUGGACUACAUCGCCUUCGCGGACUUGGAGGGCCACCACCGCCACAUCGUGGUGUCGGGCGACCAGGUGCCACACGUCUUCGCCCUCUCCCUGUUUGAUGACACCAUCUUCUGGACGGACUGGAACCGCAAGGCCGUGGUGCGCGGCAGCAAGUUCAAUGCCAAGGAGGACUUGGAGGUGAUCCGCAACACGACGCACCGUCCGUACGAUCUCCACGUGUACCACCCCCUGCGGCAGCUGCCGUACGCCAACCCGUGCGGCACCAACAACGGAGGGUGCUCCCACCUGUGCCUGCUGUCCCCGGGGCCCAAGGGCGGGGCGGUGCCAGGCGGCUACGGGGUGGGGGAGACUUCUGUCAAGUACGUGUGCGCCUGCCCCAACCAGUUCUACCUGAGCGGAGACAACAAGACCUGCAUCGCCAACUGCUCCGCGGGACAGCACCGGUGCGGCGGCAGAGAUGAGAAGUGCAUCCCUUGGUUCUGGAAGUGUGACGGGGAGACGGACUGCAAGGACGGGUCGGACGAGCCGGCCAGCUGUCCCGCCCGACACUGCCGCGCCGGCUCAUUCCAGUGCGACAACGGCAACUGCACGGCCUCCACCACCAUCUGCGACGGAGAGGACAACUGCGGGGACCGCUCGGACGAGCGCAGCUGUGACCUGCCGUGCCCGGACCUGGAGUUCAAGUGCCGCUCCAACGGGCGGUGCGUGCUGAACGCCUGGCGGUGCGACGGCGACCCCGACUGCAAGGACGGCAGCGACGAGGAUCCCGCCGUCUGCCACAACAGGACAUGUGACCCAGAAACUGAGUUCUCGUGCAAGAAUGGGCGCUGCAUCCUCAAGCUGUGGAUGUGUGACUUUGACAAUGACUGUGGGGAUGAUUCUGAUGAACCGGCCUACAUUUGCAGACAGAGGAACUGCACGAACGGGUGGCUGCGAUGCCCGGGCAGCGGGAACUACCGCUGCAUCCCCAAGUGGCUGUUCUGCGAUGGCAAGGACGACUGCCGGGACGGCAGCGACGAGAAGCCGGAGAACUGCCCCAAGUGCCACGAGACCGGAGACUUCCGCUGCACCAACAACAGAUGCAUUCCCAAGCGAUGGCUAUGUGACUUUGAGAAUGACUGUGGGGACAACAGCGAUGAAAGUGAGUCGAUCUGCCAUGGGUCGUACCGGGAGUGCUCCGAGUCGGAGUUCCGAUGCACAAACAACAAGUGCAUCCCUAACCGCUGGCGAUGCGAUCAUGAUGACGACUGCGGAGACAACUCGGACGAGGUGAACUGCUCGGGUUUCCAGUGCAAGAACGGCACGUUCCAGUGCAAGAGCGGGCACUGCAUCGCGUCGUACUUCCGCUGCGACGGGGACAGGGACUGCCGGGACAUGAGCGACGAAAUGGGCUGCCCCCCGAGGUUCCCCGGCGACCGCUACUGCCCGGAGAGCAAGUUCCAGUGCGGCAACCACCUGUGCGUGAGCCAGAGCGAGCUGUGCGACGGCAGCGACGACUGCGGUGACAACACCGACGAGAGCCCGUCCGUGUGCUCGAACUUCAGCUGUGACACGCUGCGGAGGUUCCAGUGCGACAACCACCGGUGUGUGCCACGCUACCAACUGUGUGACGGCGUCGACAACUGCGGUGAUGGCAGUGACGAGAACAACAUGACGCUCUGCUCAAGCCGCGUCAAGCCGUGCAACCUCUACAACCAGUUCCAGUGCGCCAACAAGAAGUGCAUAGACAGGAGUCACAUAUGCAACUUCGCGGACGAUUGUGGCGACUACUCUGACGAACUAGGAUGCCAUCCAUCCAAGACAUGCAUCGGCGACACGAAGGGUGGCUGCGAGCACUUCUGCGUCAACCUCACGGACAGUGGCUACAUAUGCUCAUGUUACAAUGGCUACAUCAUCUCCCCAGAUAACAGCAAGAAGUGCUUGGAUAUCGACGAGUGCGCGACACGGACGCACAGGUGCUCCCAGGUGUGCACCAACCUGAACGGCACGUACAGCUGCAGCUGCCGGAGCGGCUUCGAGCUGGCCGACAGCCUCAGCGGAGUCUGCAAGGCCCUCGACCAAGACACCUCGCUGCUGUACGCCAAUGGCCCGGAGAUACGCUCGUACAUGGUGAGCGAGCGGCGGCAGAUCGAUGUGAUACGGGACGAGAAAAGGAUCGAGGCCAUCGACUACGACCCGCGGGCGGAGAUGGUGUUUUGGGUGGACUCGUACGAGAAGACCAUCAAGCGAUCGUUCAUGCCAAAUGCUCAAGAGGGUCAAGUGAAGACUGGAUUUGCUCAGGACCUGAAUGUGAAAGGUAAUUCCAAAGCGACCAGCAUCGCGGUGGACUGGGUCGGCCAGAACCUGUACUGGACGGAGACGGACCGCUCGGGCUCCAAGCCCCGGGGGCGGGUGAUGGUGUCUCUGUCGGACGGGCGGUACCGCCGCUCGCUGGUGAGCAUCGGCCUGGAGCUGCCCACGUCGGUGGCAGUGGACCCGCAGCGGGGACGCAUGUUCUGGGCGGACGCCGGCGCCGCGCCCAAGGUGGAGACCUCGUGGAUGGACGGCAGCAAGCGGCGCCCCAUCGUGACGGAGGGGGUGCGGCACCCCACCGGCCUGGCCGUGGACUUCGCCAUGGACCACACGCUCUACUGGGUGGACACCAAGCUCAACAAGCUGGUCAUGAUGAAGGAGGACGGCACGCGCAGUCAAGUGGUCCUCAGCGGAGUUGAUAAGCUGCAUCACCCGAUCUCUUUGGACGUGUUUGAGAACAACGUCUUCUGGCUCACCCGCGACACCGGUGAACUCAUCAAGCAUGACAAGUUUGGUCGAGGGGUUCCCGUUGUGAUUGCCAAGGAUCUGGUCAACCCAUCUAGUGUCAAAGUGUACCACAAGCUGCGCUACAACACGACACUCAGCAACGCCUGUGCGGGCAGUCGCUGCACGCACCUGUGCCUGCUGGUGCCCGGGGGCCACCGCUGCAAGUGCCCCGACAACACGGACUCGCACAACAGUGGGGAGACGCAGUGCGACGCGGCUUCGGAGGCCCCGCGCCCCGCGCCGCGCGUCUGCCCCUGCCGCAACGGCGGUCUCUGCAAGGAGACGGCGGUGGGCACGCUGGAGUGCGACUGCCCCGUGGACUUCGGGGGCGGCCACUGCGAGCACUUCCUGGGCACGUCACAGGCCAGCGCCGCCGACACCAGCACCGCCGCCAUCGUCGUGCCGGUCGUGGUGGUGCUGUUCCUGCUGCUGGCCGGCGCUGCGCUCUACUUCGUGCUCUGGAAGAAGCCCUUUGGUAAAGGACCUGUACUGGGUGGCCUCACCAACUCGCAGAGUGUUUCGUUCAGGCAAGGCACAAACGUGGAGUUUGGUUCUCCAACAUUUGCCAGCAACGGUCCAGGAGGCAGAGCGGAGCCCUUGGACGUGGACUACAACUUGACGGACAUCGCGGCGAAGAACCGAGACUUCAGCAACCCCAUGUACGACGCGGUAGGCAACAUGGAGGGCGGGCCGGCGGGCAACAAGGGGGGAGGCGGCGGGGGCAUCUACGAGGUCCCCGCGGACAUCACAAAGACUAAAGUGGGGAGCAAUGGCGACGUGGAGAUGGGGGCGCCCUGUCCGGAGCCGGCGUCCGCGAUCCUGGCCCCGUCCAGCAUCGUGACGAGGUCGUCGCCGCAGAUCCAGAUCCGGCACCGCGAGCUGGACCCCAGCUCCACCGACACCGGCAAGGACACGCAGAAGCUUGUCGAGGAGGACAAGUCGUAAUGCAGCGCGCCCCGCGGGGCCCGGGGGAACUCCCCGGGCAGAGGGGGGGAAGGCAAAGUAAAUGUGAUGCAUUGUACAUAACGUUUCAGAUGUUUAUGGAAGUGUUAUUACUACUCUAUGGAUUCCAGACUCGAGGUAAUGGAGACUCUAGCUGUGAUGAUGAUGUUUUGUUGGAUGUGUUGUUGAAAUCAUUAGUUUGAUCGAGCACAGUACAAACUCAAAGUAGUCAUUUUUCGUUUUUUGAUAAAUUUCAAAUCUCCCAGAAUUUUUUCGGAAAAAAGAAAAAUAAUAAUAAUAUGCUAUCACGCUGUCAAAUGUACUGUCAACACCAUUACCCAGAUGAGUCAGGAACACAAUAUAAAAUGCAAAGGCAACAUUUGAAACCAUUAUGAAAAACUGUAAAAUAUUUUUCUAAAGAAUAUAAACUAUUUUUCUAUUUGUCAGGGUGACUGUUGACAGAAUAGCUAUGUUUUUAUAAAAUGUCAUCAGAUGUGGAAUAGCAUCUAAUUUGAUAUGAGGAUGUGAAUAAGUAUAUGUGUGUAUAUAUUUUAAAUAUACUAUUGUAUAUUAGCUACGAAGGCAAUAAUUUACAAUGCAAACACAUGGUUCUCUAAUUUUUGUAAUUUUUUUUUAAGAUAUUGCAUUUUUGUUAAUGUUUUCUACAUCACAUAUUUCACCAUAGUUACAAAUUAUAUUUUCAAAUUCUCAUAUGCAGUUGUCUUUUAGCUAGGUGACUGACAUUUAGAACAAAAGGAUAGCAGAUUAUGUCUAUUCCUUGGGCCAUAUAGCUUAGUAACAAAAAGUUUGUCAAAACAUUCCAUUUAUCAGUAUUUAAAUGAAGCAGGUGAUGCAGUUACAGGAACCAAGUGACACCGUCCAACAUAUCAUAAAGGCAAGGACAAUUGAGUAAAACUGCAUUGGGAACAAGUGUUAUGGCAUUAAAAAAAAUUAAUGUGAGAGAUAUUUUCUGGAAAAGUGGGUGUAAGAAUAUUUUCAAGAAUUUUUUAAGCAGGGAUUGUAAAAUUUUUAUUACCAACUUACUUAUGGUUUUUUUUUUUAAUUUCAUUACAUACUGAACUUUUAAUAAAUUUAUUUUAAUGUGUGAUCUAUAUCCUGUGGUAAAGGAUUAUACAAUUAUGUAUGAGCUCUUGUAAAAUUGGCUAACAUUAGAAGUGAAAAGUGAUACCUACCUGGAACGGCAGCUGAGAAGUCACAAUGUGAACAAUUUUCUAACACAAAUUUUUAAUCCACAUUCACAUUUCUUGCUCUGCGCUUGCGUGUGCCUGUGGCGUACGUCGUCAUCAUCAACAUCUCUGCUUUACAGGAGUUGCCAACAGCAUGUUCACGACAGUUAUUGUCUUUGUGAUAUUGGUGCUACUGGACUUGUUGGUGAAAUGCCCCAUGGUGCAUUAUUGAAACUCUUUGCAUUGUUUUGUUGGUUAUGAUGUCUAAAAUCACAAGCAAAAAAAGUUUUCUCUUUAGUUUGUGAAUGAUGGUAUUUAUUCCUACUGGUUAAUGCCACAAAAUCUACAGCUAUAACACAGAGGUAGGAAAAACUGAAGCAUUGGUGUUACACUUAGCUAACCAUUUCUUAUGCUUGCCUCUGGAUGCCAUAGAAUAAUGUACUUAUAAACCAGAAUUGGGUCUGCAGCUGCACUACCCCUUAUUGGUAUUCUACAUUCUAGCUCUCAGGAGAAAUAUUGUUUUCACCCAAACAGGUAUCUCUGGAGAAAAAAAAAUUAUAUCAACGUACUUUUUACAGUAACUGAAAGAAAAUUAUAGAAGUUGUGUUUUUCA